AUGGCGUCUUCCUCGACACCUGCGACUCCUCUCCUAUACUCCUGCAUCGCGCACAAGACGACGAUCCUCGCCGAAUGCACUACCUCUGCCUCGUCGCAGACCUCGUCCCUCGCCUCUCUCAUCCUCCCGAAGAUCGAACACACCUCGCCCCAAAAGUUGACUUACACGCAUGGCCAACACCAGAUUCACUAUGUUUCCGAGGCGCCGUCGGAGCACCCCGAUCACCCAGCCGCCGGCGGCUUGACGUUCCUGGUCGUCGCCGAUGCGUCUCUGGGCCGUCGCGUGCCAUUCGGCUUCCUGUUCGAGAUCCGCAAUCGCUUCUUCUCGCAGUUCCCCGAGGACAGCACCGACUUCUCGGACUUGCCAAACUACGGCGCAGGGGCGUUCAACGGCGAGCUCAAGAGCCUGAUGGUGGACUACGGAACCACGAGCGGCGGGCGCGACGACGCCAUCGGCAACGCUAAGCGCGAGAUCGAUGAUGUCAGGGGUAUCAUGACGAAGAAUAUCGAAAGCCUGCUCGAGCGCGGCGAGAGGCUCGACCUGCUCGUGGACAAGACGGAUCGGCUGGGAGGCAGCGCGCGCGAGUUCCGGGUGCGGAGCAGGGGCCUGAAGCGCCAAAUGUGGUGGAAGAAUGUCAAGUUGAUGGCGCUUCUGGCCGUGGUGCUCUUUUUGAUUGUCAUGGCGAUUGUCAUCACGGUCAAGAACUGA